GAGUACGAGCGGGGUCCUGCGGUCCUGGCCAACGCUCUUGGAGCGAGGGACAUAUUGUGUUCAUGGUGAAAUAUUCACAGGAGAUCACAGAAGGAAUAUUACACCACAACAGCGGCAGUUUAGAGAACUUGGACACUAGAGAGCGAGGCUAUAUAACUGGGCACCGGAACAUGUGGUUGAAGUCUCCUCUGGUGUGUUGUGGAAGGUCUCGCUGACAGAGACUGUUGACUUUUGGGACAUUGUGGAAUACUUGAGGCUGUACGACGCUGUCAUCUCGCUGGAGGGUGUUGACCAGGUGUGUGUACGGAGAGGAUGAAGAGUGUGGUGGCGGUGUUGGUGUUGUGGGUGGCGGUGUGGGCGGCCGCGGGCGUGGAGGACACGCCCCAGGAGCACCAGCAGCUCCACACCAGAGUAAAGAGGCAGUUUGGGUUUCACGGCAGACGAGGCGGGAACCCCCACUUUCUCAACGACCGUUUUGGAGGCCGCCAGGACAGCCUCUUCCUCCCCGGUGAGACUCCCAACUUGGACGACUCGGCUUUGUUUACCCAGCUCGAGAACCCUCAGGACCCCUCCAGUUUCCAGGAGCGUGCCCCGCCCCCUGGACAAAGAGGCUUCAUCCCACCUGGCCACCGCGGAGGCAACAGAGGACGACCCAACAGACCCAACGCUCAGUUAACAAACCAAGGACAUACCCUCAACGAACAGCUCUCGUGGUUCAAUGACGUAGUCAGAAAAAACGACAACACCCAAAUUGUUUUGGAGGGUCUCCCGAGAACCCCCAACAGACACGCACAGAACAGGUUCUUCCAGCUGGGUGUUGGGCGGCCCGACACGCCCUUCCAGCAGUGUGUGACGCCAAAGUUCGAGCUGGGUCAUUGUCGCUACCUGCAACACUGCAUUUUACCGGAGUUUGCACAGAAUUUCCAAGUCUUCCUGCAGUAUGUGUGCUUCAUUGAGGGCGUGUAUGUGGGUGCUUGCUGUCCCACCAGCGUCAACAGCAACGGGGUGACGACGCCCCCACCACCGCCCCCAACCCCCGCCCCAACACCUCGCCCCACCACCCCUCCAAGCGAGUCUAGAGGUUGUGGGCUUGUGGCCAAGAAGCCUCUGACGCGCAUCGUGGGUGGGACUCCAUCCGACCCCCGGGAGUGGCCUUGGGUGGCCGCCCUAAUGAGGCAGAACACCAGUCAGUAUUGUGGGGGAGUCCUGAUUACCGACAAGCACGUCCUGACUGCUGCCCACUGUGUCCGCGGAUUUGACCAGAACACGAUCUCUGUCCGUCUGGGAGAGUAUGACUUCAAGCAGAUCAGUGCAGGAGCCCAGACCUUCGGGGUGCUGAAGAUCAAGGAGCAUGAGGCCUACGACACCACCACCUACGUCAACGAUCUCGCGCUCAUCACCCUAGAGAAGAGCACAGAGUUCAAUGCUGACAUCUGGCCCAUCUGUCUGCCGGAGGGUGACGAGGACUAUGUCGAUAGGCAGGGCACUGUCGUCGGCUGGGGGACCAUCUACUACGGGGGUCCGGUGUCCAGCGUGCUGAUGGAGGUGUCUAUUCCCAUCUGGACCAACAGUGACUGUGAUAACGCCUACGAGCAGGACAUUAUUGACAAGCAGCUCUGUGCCGGGGACAAGGCAGGGGGCAAGGAUUCCUGUCAGGGAGACAGUGGUGGGCCGCUCAUGUUGCAGCAGGGAGGUGCCGACAGGUGGGCCGUGGUGGGUGUAGUGUCCUGGGGUAUACGCUGUGCUGAGGCUGCCAGCCCCGGAGUUUACACCAGAGUCAGCAAGUAUACCGACUGGAUCAGAGCAAACCAAUAGAGAACCCGAACAUUCUACCAUUCACUAUGGCUAACAAACGGUAACCUUCGGGAGCCACCAACACACUUCCUGAUCCAGUGUGGACCAACACAAGCCGCUGUGAAAUACCACCACGAGUCAAUGAUGUCGCAGUAUGAUAAAGGAACAGUACGUACCUCUACGGUGCCGGUGUGGGGCACAGCGGCCCACGCUCACAAGCUGCACCUCUGUUAGGUGCAUACCGCUGGUGACCUGGGACCUCACUACACUCAGUUUAGCUUUGCUUUUCACGAAACAAAAGUUGAAUUGCUGUGCCGCCCUGCGCCGAUAAUGGCUGGCUGAGAUUCAACAACCCAUCCACAUGCUAGGCUCGUCCCAUCUGCGACCGAUCACAAAGAAGCAUUCGUCAGUUUUAACAUACUGUGUAACCAAAAACAAUUUGUUCUCAAAUAUAAAUUAACAUUUAAGCGUAUUACAACUGUGUGUAUAAUAAGACUUAGAAGUGGUUAUGUUAGGUGUUUUGGUUCUGCUGCCAAUUAUUUGUAUUUGUAUCCCGAUGUUAAAGCUUUUAGAGGUGGCAUUCGACCCCAGGGAGAGAACGAAACACUGGUCAGAAAAGUUUGAAAUUGCUCAGUGUGUGAUCGUCCAAACUUUGACUGAACUCUGAUCCAUUUGUAUUUUUUUCUGUGCAAUAAAAAUAGACUUUUAUCAAAUAUUAA